AUGCUCUGGUCUUGGCGCGAUGACGCCUCCAAAAGCGGGAAAUGGAUCAGCGUCGUAACCGCGCGCCAUCGUCUCGUCAAAAUUCUUGGCGUUUUCAUCUGUUUCAUCUGCGCCCUCACGCUUUGGGAAUUCUGGGCAGAUCUCUCUGUCGCCUACAAAAGAGUCUCCUCACCAAGCCUCACCCAAACUGACCAAACUCAAUCCGACUCGUCAACCCCCAUCUCUACGAGCGGGCCUCAAUUCACUGGACCGACUGAGCAGACCACGAAAUUCUGGGAGAACCUUGUUACUGAAUUUUACGCAGCGGAACCUGACGGUGAUAAGAUCAAACCGCCUAAUUCUCUAUCGCGCGACAAGUUUGAUCCUUAUGGCUCAAAGGCGCAGAUACACACGGAUUGGCUAGAGGUAUCUGAUGAGGAAGUCGAAUCAUUGAAAGAGAACCAUGCAAAGUUUGUGCAAAGUCUCCGACACCUGGCUCCCCAAGUACCAUUCAAACGCAACACCAAGGGCAUCGUCAUCACUGCCAAAGGAUCAGCAGUUGGUGUAGCAGCGACUGCCGUACGGAUGCUACGACACGUUGGGUCACGUUUACCCGUUCAGCUCUUUCUCGACUCGGCAAACGAAGCUGAGCAUGAACAGUGCAACAACACACUUUCCAGUCUGCAAGUGCAAUGCUUGAAUAUGGACGAUUUCCUCAAGUUGCCUAAUACGGCAACAAUUCAGCAACCAAAGGUUGAAAAGUACCAGUACAAACCUUUGUCAAUUCUCUUCUCCAGCUUUCAGGACAUCUUGUUCCUCGAUUCCGACGCCUUUCCUAUUCGAAACCCAGACCACCUCCUUACCGUGGAACCGUAUAAAAGUCGCGGACUUGUGACCUGGCCCGACUUUUGGCUGCCAACUAUAUCGCCUCUCUUCUACAACAUCGCCGGAGCCAAAGCACCCAACGUUACUAUCGACUCUAGAAGUUCAGAAUCCGGAGUUAUGCUAUACAACAAAGCGAGGCAUGCUGACAGUCUCUUACUCGCAGCAUACUACAACUUUUACGGCCCAAGGUUUUACUACCAACUUCAUUCACAGGGUGCUUGGGGAUCAGGCGACAAGGAGACUUUCAUGCAGAGCGCAUUGGUUCUAGGCAACCCCUAUUGGCAGGUCACUAGGCCAGCUACGCUGAUUACCGAUGAGAAAAUCAACUGGGGAAGCGGUAUCUGGCAGGCUGACCCUGAACAAGACUGGAAGCUGCAAACACAACAAGGACGAAACCAAACGGCCGUAUCUACACGGAAGCGAAAGACGAGGAUAACUGAGGACGAAGUAAACAUUACGAGUACAAUGUUUGCACACCUCAACAGAGUCAAAUUCGAUACUAGGCAUCCAAGUCAGGUACUGGAAGACCUAGUACCUGAGCGUCCUGACGGAACUCGUUCGCGACUCUGGGGAGACGAUGUGGAUAAGAUCAAAGACGUUGCUGGAUACGAUCUUGAAAAGGCGAUAUGGGAGGAGGCCAUCAAGGCUAAUUGUGACCGAGAGUUGAUGGAGGAAUGUGACAAGAUACGAAAGUAUUACGAGGCAACGUUUUAG